AUGUCCUACUUUUAUACGGCUGCUGUGUUUGACCCAUUCUAUAAAAUAGCAACGGAAGCACUGUUGGUCCUGCAACAGCUGGUAAAAGUUAUUCGCCCGCUCAAUAUUCAAGUGAACUUUGAUUUUACUCCGUACGUCCAACCUAUUUAUACGAGCACGUUGCAAAAGCUACGAUCGCCUGAAGUUGAUCAAGAAGUAAAAGAACGCGCUAUUGCUUGCAUGGGCCAAAUCAUCGCAAACAUGGGCGAUGUUCUACAACAGGAACUUAAUACAUGUUUGCCGCUGUUCAUGGAAAGGCUACGUAAUGAGGUGACCCGACUCAGCUCUGUUAAAGCCCUCACCAUGAUCGCAGCCUCUCCUUUGCGAGUCAAUCUGAGCCCUAUUAUGGGAGAAGUCGUACCAGUUCUAGGUUCAUUUUUGCGAAAGAACCAACGAGCUUUGAAGCUUAACUCACUAACACUUUUGGAUACUCUGGUUACCCAUUAUAAUCAAUUCAUAGACCCAGUUCUUCUCAGGAACGCUGUUUCCGAAGUUCCGCCGCUUCUAUCUGAAUCGGAUCUUCAUGUUGCACAACUUUCGCUCGUACUACUAACAUCUGUAGCUCGACAGCAACCGCAAGCACUAGUUGGAGUUCACGAACAAAUUCUCCCCGAAGUGAUGACUCUCGUACGGUCUCCAUUACUGCAAGGAACAGCUCUUAACUGUACUUUGAAUCUGUUCCAAGCUUUGGUACACGCUAAUUUACCGGGACUAGGCUACCGUCAUCUACUUGCUCUGCUGAUGCAUCCGAUUCUCAAUCAGCAGCAAGGACAGUUGUUGCACAAACAAGCAUACCACUCGCUGGCUAAAUGUAUCGCCGCACUCACUCUGCAGGUUCCAAAUGAAGCUGUAGGAGUAGCUAGAGAGUUUCUGCAUGAGAUCCAGAAUCGCCGCAGUGAUGCUCAUCUGGUUUUCUAUCUUUUAACCAUCGGCGAAAUCGGACGUCAUUUUAAUCUUAACUCUAUCGACUCACUGGCCCAGAUCAUUUUGAACUGUUUCUCGGCAUCAUCGGAGGAUGUUAAGGGAGCUGCAUCACAUGCGCUCGGGGCGAUAGCCGUUGGCAACUUAAAACAAUAUCUGCCGUUCAUACUGGCCGAGAUCGAAGCUCAACCUAAACGUCAAUAUCUUUUGUUGCAUUCGCUGAAAGAAGUUAUUUCAUCGCUAUCCACGUCUAAGCAAGGACUGGAACAAUUGCUUCCUUCGGUGCCCUCGAUCUGGACUGAGUUAUUCAAACACUGUGAAUGUUCGGAAGAAGGAUCCCGAAAUGUAGUUGCUGAAUGUUUGGGCAAAUUAGUUUUGGUCAAUCCCGAAGAAUUGCUGCCUCAACUGCAAAUGGCAUUGAGAAGUGAAAGUCACCUCAUGCGUACUGCAGUUGUUUCUGCCAUCAAGUUUACUAUUUCCGAUCAACCACAACCCAUAGAUCAGCUGCUGCGUCAGUGCAUUGGACAGUUUUUGUUCGCCCUCCAAGAUCCGGAGCCGGCUGUUCGUCGAGUUGCUCUGGUCGCCUUUAAUUCGGCCGUUCAUAACAAACCAAGUCUGGUACGCGAACUGCUUCCGGAACUUCUACCACAACUGUACUCCGAAACUAAAGUUAAGAAAGAUCUUAUUCGCGAGGUUGAAAUGGGUCCGUUUAAACACACAGUGGACGACGGACUCGACAUUCGAAAGGCUGCCUUCGAAUGUAUGUACACGUUGCUGGAACAAGGGUUGGAUCGCGUUGAUAUUAUGCAGUUUUUGGAACACGUGCAAGCCGGUCUUAAAGAUCACUACGAUAUCAAAAUGUUGACUUAUUUGAUGACUGCUCGUUUGGCUGUUCUGUGUCCAUCAGCAGUUUUACAAAAAUUGGAUCAGUUUGUGGAUCCCCUCCGAGCAACGUGCACUCUAAAGGUGAAGGCAAAUUCGGUCAAACAAGAGUACGAAAAACAAGAUGAGCUGAAGCGUUCCGCAUUGCGUGCUGUUGCUGCACUUUUGAAUAUUCCGAAAGCAGAUAAAAAUCAGCACCUAGCCGAAUUUCUGUCUCUGAUUCGCAGUUCUUCUGAGUUGCAACCGCUCUUUGAAUCGGUACAAAAGGAUUCAUCUGUUCUGACCAGUAGCAACGCCGACAGUCUCUCGAUGGACCAAAGCUAGGUGUUAUGCAAGAACAGUGGCAGUGGCGACAUCUGCAGUGCAGUGGUCUCGCGCUAUUGGUUCAAGAAACGAAAGGUAUGGUAAAUAAGCUCAGCUGGCGAGAUUGGCUUUAUUAUCUUUUAAAUGUAUUGCGACACUCGUGACAGCCUCUUACAACAAAUGUGAUCGUGCUUUGAUUCAUCGUCGACAGAGAUUUUAAUUACAAAAGAGAUACAAUUUGCGAAACACAAAAUAAUACAUUAUGUCCUUUCAGUGAGUAACACCAUUGGGAACUGAUUUGCAUUUAAUUUGAGCUAUUUCUUAACUCUUGUUUCAUUAAGCCAAUUACAUGUCCCACAUUUAUAAUAAAAAAAAGGCUAAGAAAACGAACUUGAUAAAAAAUAAUAAAAAAUAUAAAUGAGUUGAAGAACGCAUCGAAUUGACUCGUUGUAAAUGCAGCGAUCGCGUUUUAAAACAAUAUCACAACUCGUUCUUCUUUUUGAUUAUGAAUCAUUAAAUAACACUCUCAUAUGAUCUAGAAGUAAAUGGAUACAAAUUUCUGUUACUAAUAACAGAUUUAAAUAUUAAUAACAAAAUAAAAAAUAUGCUGUCUGA